AGGUGAGUAAUGCGUUUGUAUAUGGAUGUUAUGGUUAUGGGAAUCCGAACUGAACUGAGCUAGCUGAGCUGCUGUGCUUGUUGUCAUUCUUUCUAGCCACUAAACUAACUAAAUAUGAUACUUAUAAGAGGAAUCAUUUCAUUUCAAUGAUGAAAUCCAAGGGGAAGAAAGAUGGAAAAACUGCAGCAGGUGGAUCCAGAGCUCCAAAUGACACUAAGGAUAGUGGUGGUGGUGGUGGAGAUGGAAAGGUGGUGUCCCCACCCCCCUAUCGACGAAAACCUCGAAAAAAUGGCUGGAGCUGCCCCCUUCAUGUCCUCCAAGUUGUGGCCUGGUUCUUUCUCCUUCUCUUCAAUGUCUUCUACUUUGGUAUGAUGGUUCCAGUUCUUCCCUAUGAAUGGCAGCCAGCUGGGUAUAUUAUUGUAGGCAUUUUUGUGCUGUGUCAUGUGAUCAGUCAUGUGACUUGUCUCACAAUCAACCCUGCUGACCCCCACACUUUCAAGAGGAGUACGGAAAGAGAGAUGCCCGUUUUCAACCGUCAGCUGCAUGCACAUGUUAUAGAGAACAACCACUGUUAUCUUUGUGAAGUUAAUGUACAUAAAUCAUCAAAGCAUUGCAGUGCAUGUAAUAAAUGUGUCAUUGGAUUUGACCACCAUUGUAAGUGGCUGAAUAGUUGCAUUGGGUCCCGGAAUUAUAGGUUAUUUAUAGGCUGUUUAGUGACAGCAUUCGUAUGUUGUCUCCUGGUCUGUAUAGUAGCUUUGUAUAUUACAAUUGUGUAUCAAGUCAACCCAUUGCUGCUGCACCCAAAUGAAUUAAGAGCUUACAGGAAUGGGGAACCACUUUCAUGCCAAACCACACCUACAACUCCUGCUGCAACAAAUGAAUCGGUCACCACUCAAGCAACUCCUGUGUGCGACUUCCAUCAGAAUCUUAAGAUCUUUGGACCAGUGUCUGGACAAGCUUUCUUUGCUGUCAUGAUUGUUCUUGUGGUUCUUCUUCUCGUCAGCAUGCUACUUCUAGGUCAUCUUCUAGGCUUCCAUCUCUAUUUAAUGUCUCAAGGCCUAGGUACAUAUGACUAUAUCAUGCAGCAGCGUGCUGAAGAAGAGGAGGAAUCAUCAAGAUCUGAGUCUCUACCAAGGGAGAACAAAGGAUGCUGCUCAAGAAAAAGGAGUGGUAGAGUUGCACCAACUCAAGGAAGCAAUGAAGACAUAGAAAUGAGAAACCCAAGAAGACACAAUGCAGAAGAAUCUAGGGAGAAUCAUCAAGGACCACUAAGAAAUCAAAAAAAUGCAAUUGUAGAAAUCUCCAGAGAAACCACUGUCAUGGUUCAUCGGGAGGGUAAGGAACCCAAGAGUGCAAGAUCUACCUCAAGUAAAACCAAGAAAAAGAAGCGGAAGAAGCCGACGCCCCGAGCCCUGCCACCCCCGCCCCCUUCCCUACCCCAGCCCCAGCGCCACCUACCCACUUUCAACCCGUACCAGACUUCAGGGGACCCCACCCAACCAUCCCCCCUCCCCUCCCCCCUGCCGUACACAGAAGAGACCUGGAUGUACCCCCAUGGGGUGCUUGGGAGUAAGAUGGGGGCGGGGAUGAUCCAGCCAGAGACGUACAUAGAGCAGCACAUCGUGCGGCGGUUCAGUAUACCAAUGGUACAGGGUGGAGGCGGAGCUACACCCAUGCCCUUUCCAUUGCAUACCUCAAACAGUGUGAAUGAACUCAUGCCCAUCAGUGCUAGGAGUGUAGUCCCACCCGUCCCCAUCAGCAGUAGGGCAGUUCUCCCACCUCUCUCCAGGCAGAUAAGCUUGGAUCCCCCAACCGCUGCAGUAGACUACCAUUCCUCAUCUGCUGAAUCCCUCCAUGAACUAGCAACAUCAGAGAAUACAACCUCACUCAAGAAGCUACAGGAAGCCAAUGACCUUUCUGCAUCGUUCCCACCCGCCCAACGCAGCCCCUCAAGAAUCCAGAGUGAACCGACCAGCAUCGCUCCCGACGCCUCCUCGCCUCUGGAGAAGAAAAAGAAAUCUAAACUUAAAUUGAAACUGAAGAAGAAGAAAUUGCCAGCAGACUCAAAAAAGGAGGAGAGCAAUAGCAGACGGAAGGCGCAACAGGGUGGAGAUGUCACUGAGACAAAGGCAUCACGUAGCCCUCAGAGUGAAGGAUAUCACGAGCUAGCCACAGCCGAUGAAAGACAGCCUGAGUCGUCUGCACCGACUGUUCCCUUACUAGACCUCAGUGGGUUACGGGGGGAGGAGGAGGACGAGGAGGAGGAGGACAACAAGAAGAGUGAAAAGAACAGAGAUUCCCAAGAUGCAGGUAAGACGGUACCCCCUCCUGAUGAUCCUGUCACCAACCUGGAUGAUGAUGACAGCUUAUUAAGGGCAGCAAACAGAAGGAGAUCCCUUAUGCUCAUGAGAUGAGGUCUCAUGGUCAAUGCUUUAUAAUCCUGUAGGCUCCUGGAACCAUUAAGAUUAGAGUGUAUCUCUGCUCUGUAAACUUCAGAGAAAUAAUAAUGUAACAGGAAUAGAGUGUUAUGAAUAAUCAUUUCCAGGCUUAUUUGAUGUCUGCUCAAUCAAAUAAUCUCAAUGGAAUUUACAUUGUGCUAUCAAAUUUGUGUCAUAUGUAUGCUGCAUGUAAUUGUGAUAUUUCAUAUCAAAUGACAAUCACUGCUCUCCCCCCUCUCUCUCUCUCUCUCUCUCCCUCUCAAUUUCUUAAGAGACAAUGUAAGACCAUCAUUCCCUUGUGGGCCUACUUUUCAGUGGCAUUCAAUUAAAACCAAUCAAACCUCAUUACUGACAGUUGAAUUGUGAAAUACUUUCAAUGCUACACUUUUGUUUGAAAAAAUAUGGGUUGUAGUUUUAGCCCCCCAUAGUUUAGUGAUUAAAACCUUCUAUUACAGUAUUCAAAGAUUCAUAAAAUCUUACAAACUCAACUUUCUGCUUCUUUGAUUUUUUUUUUCCUUCUAAAAUAAUCUUCAGGAUUAAUAGCUGAAUAUUAUUAAAGGUGUUUUGUCUUUCAUUGAUCAUUGUUGUGAAAGAAAAAUAAUAAUUUUAAUAUGCUACUGAAGCGAUGUCACAAAACCUUUCUUUUUUGCAUUUCCGCUCUUGUGGUCUUGACGCAGCAUGAUGAAAAACAUCCACAACCCAGAUAUGAUGGGAAUCAGUCGAUGAGGCCCUAAGAUGUGGUCGUAUAAUAUGCGCACAGCCCCACUGAAAUUAGUGUUAAUUUGCCGGGUUUCGAACCGUUGUGAACAGGGCCAAUUAAUAUUGAUUUUAAUGGAGCCUAUUAGGUAUUCAUUCUGCCGUAACUUGGGCCACCACAAACCAAUUCAUGUCAGAUUUGUUGUUUGGAUGUGUUUCAUCAUGUGCUCUUCUGAAAUGUGCUCAUGAAAAUGCUGAAAUGCACAAAAAGAAAAAUGAUGAUGUCACACUUUAGUACUCUCUAUAUAAGGGCAUUUAAAGCCAGGAAAUCUGAAGUCUGUGUACAUAGUGUAAAUUGAUUCCAUGAUCUGUUAUUCUAUUUAUUAGAUAUGUAUGUUUGUUCUCACUUGUGUCAAUGAGCUACCAGUGACACCUUCUGCCAAAGAAUUAUCUGUGCAAUGUUCUUGUAAUUAAGCCUUGAAAGUAUACUUUUUUAUACUGAAAAUUCUCUGUUUUCUUAUAAUGAUUUAAGAAUCAUCUCUGUUUUGUUGUUAUAAUUUGAGAAUCAUUUUAUAUGUAUGUGCUGUGAUUUAAUGAUUGUGGUCUGAAGAGUUCAAAGAAUAGAGAAAAAAAAAUGGUGUUAUUAUUCUGGAAUUCUCGUAUAUUGACAUGUCGACACUCAUGUUUUCACAAAGUAGCCAUUUCUACUAGCAUGAUCUAGCCUUUCCAAGUUUCAAUAUGCAUGCUUUUCUUGGGUUUUUUUUUUAUACAUGUACAUGUAUGCUUUGAAAUGAGAUUUAUUAGUAUACAGUACUAAAGAUUAUAUAAUUACAAAGAUGAUGAAUGUGAAUGAAAAAUCAUUUAAGAAAUUAUGAUAUUGAUAUUCACCCUGAUUUUAUAUAUUUUUUUCUGUUAUAAAAAAAUUAGUAUUCCUGGAAGCAAAAGAGAGUUCAUAAAAACAAGCGAAUGCAUGGGCUCUCUGUUAUGCACAUUGAGGAAUAGUAUAGUUUGGGAACAACUUAAAGGUCAAGUCCACCUCAAAAAAGUUGAAUUUGAAUCAAUAGAGAAAAAUCAGACAAGCAUAAUGCUGAAGAUUUCAUCAAAAUCGGAUGUAAAAUGAGAAAGUUAGGACAUUUUAAAGUUUUGUAUAUUUUUCACAAAAUAGUUAUAUGCACAAUUUAGUCACAUGCAAAUGACAGAAUCGAUGAUGUCCCUCACUCACUGCUUCUAUUGUGUUUUAUUGUUUGAAAUCUACAAUAUUUCAAUUUUUACAGAUUUGACAAUAAAGACCAACUUGACUGAAUCAUAAAAUGUUAAACAAUGUUAAUUCCACAUGUUCAGGGAGAAAUAAAACUUUGUUUCACAGGACAAUGAGGAGAAAAUUAGAAUAUUUCAAAUUUCAUGUAAUAAAAUACAAAAGAAAUAGUGAGUGAGUGAUGUCAUCAGUUCCCCUCAUUUGCAUACCGACUGGGAUGUGCAUAUUAAUUUUGUGAAAUUAAGCGAAACUUUAAAAUGUCAUAACUUUCGUAUUUUACAUCCGAUUUUGAUGAAAUUUGUAUUUUUCUCUUUUUAUUCAAGUCAUUUUUUUGUUGGGGUGACCUUGUCCUUUAAUGGUAUUUCAUGAAGCAUCUUGUAAGUGAUUUUCACUUACUAAUGACGUAGAUGAUGAUGUUCCCUCGGCAUUCCACUUAUGGAUGAAUUAUCAUUUUUGUGUGUUAAUGUGUUUAAUCAAGUGUAUUUCCAGUCCAUGGAGAUGAAACAGGAAAAAAUCUCUCUUCAUUUUUGUUCAGGUAUUAUAUUUCAAAUUGGUCUACACCCAUGCUAUCUACAUGUACAUACCGUUUGGGCUCAUACCACAUGGUCUAAUCCUUGUUUGUAUACAAGCAGUUCGACGUCACAAUCGAAAAGAUGUGACUGGCUUUAUACUGCUAAUACUGGGCCUUAUUAUUUGUAGACCAACUGACUAUAGACCAUUAUUCGGAGAACAGGGUCAAAUUUCUGCUUGUAAUUUGAUAACGCUAGUGUGACUUUAACAUUACCGCAGAUAUGAAAAGUUAGUAACAAAAUCAAAUAUUUUUAUUAAUUAUACAUUUAUCUAUGCACAAUAUUUCAUGAAAAUUGUCUUUUAUAAAGACAUAAAAAAUUACUUGAGGUUUUUCAGACAUGUCAGUAUGUAAUGAACGGCUGCAGACUACUGCAUUCUAAGUAGCAUAUUGUGGCAAGGACUUUAUGAAUAUGUUUCAAGAUCAAGACAUCGAUUCAAAUGCUUGUCGUAAGACAGAAGAAAGAAAGGAAGGAGAUGGAAAAGAAUAGAAAUUAUUUGUGAUAGAUUAGAUUUUCAUCUUGCAUCUUUCUCGAAAGGUUAAUUAAGAGCAUUUCAUAAUCCUGCUUGCGCUUUGCAUCUUUCUUGUGACAUCGUUCCUGCUCAUUAAAUCCUGAGAUUGGUCGUCAAAUGUUAUCUCCAAUUAAUUGUGUUUCUCUCUUAUUGAGAUUACAAACCUCAAUUUUAUAUUCUCACUUGCAUUGCAGUGUAUGCUAUCAAGGAAAAAAUGUUGACUUGCAAGUUGAAAAGCAGGCCUCUCAUGAUAAUGAAUAUUGAUGUCGCAUUAUUGGGGAAUGCUCAAAUUUUAUGUUAAUUAUUGUUGAAUAGUAUUAACAUACAUGUAUCAUUUUAUUUUCAAAAUUGUAUUUUGAUUCAUUCUAUUCCCCGAGGUGGAAAACCAAACCAGCAUGUAUUUUCUAUGUGUUACUGGUAGACUGUAUUACAUAAUUUGACAUUGAAUUAAUCCAUUAAAAAAUUUGCAAAUGCUUAUUUAUAAUAUGUAUUGUGUCUACGAUGAUUGUAUUUUAUUUUUCUUAACUCAUUCUGGUCAAGACUUUUAUUGUGUAAAUAUGAAUCAUUCGACUCUUGCCGUUUUGUUUUGAAUAAACAAAGUGAUUUUCAAUAUA